GCCAAACACCCAAACAAAUCUGAGCUGCAACGCUCACCACUGCAGCUAUGCUUCUAUUGACCAUGUGUGAUUCAUUAUUACAUUUCUGAUAUGGCGAUUUCUCAUGAAAAAGGAGACAUGUGGCGCCAUCCCUCAGAAGACUUCAGCGUGUCCAACAUCAGGUACUUUUCCAGACACAAAGGAGAGGUGAACUGCUGCGCAUUCUCACCUGACUGUCAGGUUCUGCUCACGUGCUGUGAUGACGGCAGACUGUACCUGUGGAACGCCACCAGUGCAAAACACCUGGCCACAUUUAGCGGACACUCAGGUCCUGUGAAAUCAUGUGUUUUCUCCUCGGAUGGUCAGCUGUUUGCGAGCGCGUCUCACGACCGUACCGUCAGAAUCUGGAGCCGCUCCGGCACUGAAUGCACACACUUACUGACGGCUCACAGUGGGAGUGUGGAGACGGUGAGCUUCAGUCCGGACGCUCAGUGGCUGGUUUCGGGUGGAUGGGACAACAGAGCACUGAUCUGGAGAGUUCAGAGCGGGGAGAUGGUGGAGGAUCUGCGGGGUCACACUGCAGCUGUCCAGAGCAGUGCCUUCUCAUCAGACUCACAGUGUGUGGCCACGGGCUCCUGGGAUCGGACCGUGAGAGUCUGGAAACUUCUUGAGGAAAAAGAGGCUGUGACAUUACAGGGGCACCUGGGAAACGUGGCCUGUCUCUGUUUCUCUGUUAGUGGGAUGCUGGCCUCAGGCUCAUGGGACGGCACAGUGCGCGUUUGGUUGCCGAUGCAUCACGCGUGUCUGUUUGUGUUGGGAGGUUGUGAGCGUGUUUGGGUCAGGAGUCUGGCUUUCUCCAGAGACGGACUGGUUUUAGCAUCCACCGCUGAAGGCGACAUGGUGAGGAUCUGGGAUGUGACCACUGGAGUCUGUCUGAAGAGGCUGCAGGUGACUGAGAACCUUUGA